AUGGAGCUACAAGAAGCUCUCGAAGUGGAAGGCGUGACAGCCUUUGCUCCACCUCCAGUCCCGACUUUUCGCUACGUUAUCCGCCUCGAGAACGGCAAGAUGAGGUUCUGGAUGGAAGAACCUGCAAGCAAAAAACAAUGGUACAAGGGCGAUCUAGACCGAGCCGACUAUAUUACAGCCACCAACGCGAUACCUGGAACCUCGGCCAGUGAUUUUGUGAAGUAUUUUCAAGAUAUCUUGGACAGUAAGCUGGAUGAUGCAGGGGGUGCGCAGCGCGAGUUAACGUUGCUGAGCAAUGGCGCUCUUCAACUGAUUCUAAGCUUGAAAAUCUCCUUUCUGCACUCCACAAGAUUGGCGACCUACAUGUUUGUGCAUAACUCAGGUUCUGUCGAGAGAAUUCAUACGUUGGAGGAGAAGGUGCGAGGAUUGGAGAGGAAGAUGGAGGUGAAAGUGCGUGCUCUGAAGGGACAAGUGGUAGAUCUCAAGGAGGAUCUGGCGGCACCCUCGAUCCUUCAGCUCGAAGCACAUGGGAAGCAGCAUCUUGUCUGGAAAUAUUCUGAUUCAGCUUCGCAAGACCCACCAACAAUUACCAUGUUUUGCCAGCCACGAGAUAUUACACAACGUGCUCACAGCAACUCAAGAGCUUAG